UAUCAUUACCGCGUUAUUAUUACCUAUUUAAUUGAAACGCCUCAUUGACACAAACUGCAUCGUUUUCUUUCGUCUUUUUAUAUCUACGCCACCAAAAACGAUGCCGAUGAGAUGUGGAGGUACUGGCCCACCAGCGGAUGCCGACGAAAAAAUUCAGAAGCUCUGUGAUCACGUAAAGGCCAGUGCAGAGGCAAAAGCAGGGAAGACUUAUGAUGUUUUCGCAGCCAAGAGCUACACGAAGCAGGUAGUGGCCGGGACCAACUACUUCAUCAAGGUCCAUGUGGGAGGAGACGAACAUGUUCACCUCCGUGUUUACGAAAAACUCCCAUGUCAUGGAGGAGAAAUAGAGCUGAGUAAUAUGCAACACUCCAAGAGCCACCAAGACCCUAUUGAGUACUUCUAAUGGGAUCCUAAACCAAACAAAGCAUCAGUGCCUACAGGCUGCCAUCUCAUUAUAAUCAGUUCUGAUCAAAUUAUCCUUUUUUAAUUAUAUAAAACAAUGCUUCAUGCAGUUCCCUUUUCUAACAUGUUAUAACAGACUGUGUCAUACUGUAGAUCAUGUAAAGAGUAUGUCAAAAUGGAACUAUGUUUUACAAGAUCAGGGUUAAAUGUUAAGGGUUUUUCUUUUUACUUUUUUACUUGCCCAACAUACAUUUUUACUGGCCCCUAUACAAAUAGUUUUUUAUUAGUGGUUAUCAAAUAAUGACACAAGACUCAAGUAAAUUGUUGUAUUUGAUCUUAAUUUACAAUGUAUAAACACAUCACGAACAGUG